UCCAAUCACAAAUCUUUGCACUCACCAUUUCACAAGCAAAACCAAUUCUUUAAAUCAAGAAUACAUUUUUUUUUUGCUACAAUGGCUUCCAACAAGGUUUUCUCCACUCUUGCUCUUUUCCUUACCCUUAACUUAAUUUUCUUCACAUUUGUUACAAGUUGUGGCACUUGUCCUAAACCAAAACCACCCCCAAAACCAAAGCCAUCAUGUCCACCACCACAUGUACCAAAAAAGGAAACUUGCCCAAUUGAUACCUUAAAGUUAGGUGUUUGUGCCAAUGUUCUUGGAUUAGUUAAUGUUGUUGUUGGUUCACCACCAGUUACACCUUGUUGUAGUCUUAUUUCUGGACUUACUGAUGUUGAAGCUGCCCUUUGUCUUUGCACUGCUAUUAAGGCUAAUGUUUUGGGGAUUAACCUUAAUGUUCCUGUCUCAUUAAGUUUGCUUCUUAAUGUUUGCUCCAAGAAAGUUCCCUCUGGAUUCCAAUGUCCUAGUUAGUUGAAUCAUUAUUUAUUUGGAUUGGAUCUUUCUUAUAUUGGCUUACCUAAUUCACACCGGCUCUACCAAGUCAAAAUUGAAUCUUUCUUAUAUUGGCUUUCCUAAUUCAUUCGUGAAUAAUAAUUGACUUUCCUAAGUGAUUCAUGAAUAAUAAUUAAAGGGUAUUUCCCUUUACAAUUGUUUGUAUUUUUUAUUGGAGAGAUUUUUAAGUUUUUCAUUGUUUUUUGGGGGUGGAGGGGGUGGGGGGUAACAUUGAAAUGGGAUUUGUGGGUUCUGCCAAGUAUUGAUUGGUAAGUGUCUUAUUUACCAAAGUUGUUUAUUGUUGAGAUUAUAAUCAAACUUAUGUUCUUGAAGAAAUGUAAUUCCAGCUUUUAUAUUUUGCA